UUACAAAAGUAAACCGUGCCCAGGUUCCCACAAACAGCAGGUGGCAUUCUGACAUCAGCAGAGCCUGGGAUCCUCUUCAGAGCUAACAAGGAACCUCUAGAGCAGACGUCCGAAAAGAAUGCCGACCCCAGCCAAUUCCAAGAGCAGCCACGAUGUCCUGGAGCUGAAGAGUACGACAGCCCCCCCAGCAGAGGGCUACAGCAACAUGGGCUUCCAGAAUGAAGACGACUUUGGUGAGAGCCAGAAAACAUCAGGAAAUAACUCGCUAAGGUGUAGAGUUCCGCAAAACGGAGAACACAAAACCGCGACGCAGGACGAAGAGCAAGUCACCAUUGAGCAGGAUUCUUUAAGAAACAAAGAAGAUGAGGCGGAUGACCCAGAGACACAUCAAAAAGGAUAUCUGGAAAGGAAAUAUGAUACAGUUUGUGAUUUUUAUAAGAAACACAAAACCACCCUUUGGUACAUCAUCUGGGGCAUCUUAAUACUAGGUUACCUGGCAAUGGUGAUUGCAGCUUGUGUGCUGAACUUUCAGAGAGCCCUUCCCCUUUUCGUGAUCACCGUGGCCGCCAUCUUCUUUGUGGUCUGGGAUUAUUUUAUGGCCAAAUACGAGCAUCGAAUCGAUGAGUGCCUGUCUCCUGGCAAAAGGCUCCUACAAAACCAGUGGUUCUGGAUGAAGUGGGUGAUUUGGACCUUACUGAUCCUGGGAGUUAUUUUCUGGCUGAUCUUUGACACCGCCAAAUUGGGCCAACGGCAGCUGGUGUCCUUUGGUGGGCUCAUAAUGUAUAUUAUCCUGAUAUUUUUAUUUUCCAAGUACCCAACCAAAGUUUACUGGAGGCCUGUCUUUUGGGGAAUUGGGUUACAGUUUCUUCUCGGGCUCUUAAUCCUAAGGACUGACCCUGGAUUUAUGGCUUUUGAUUGGUUGGGCCAACAAGUUCAGACCUUCUUGGAAUACAGUAACGCUGGUGCUGAAUUUGUCUUUGGCGAGACAUACACAGAGCACUUCUUUGCAUUUAAGGUCCUGCCAAUUGUGGUUUUCUUCAGCACCGUGAUGUCCAUGCUCUACUACCUUGGCCUGAUGCAGUGGAUCAUUAGAAAGGUUGGAUGGGUAAUGCUAGUUACUAUGGGAUCAUCUCCUAUUGAAUCCGUAGUUGCUGCUGGCAAUAUAUUUGUCGGACAGACAGAGUCUCCACUGCUAGUCCGACCAUACUUACCACAUGUCACCAAGUCUGAACUCCACGCAAUCAUGACCGCUGGGUUCUCUACCAUUGCCGGAAGUGUCUUAGGUGCAUACAUUUCCUUUGGGGUUUCCCCCUCCCACCUGUUAACUGCCUCAGUCAUGUCUGCACCUGCUUCGUUGGCUGUGGCUAAACUCUUUUGGCCUGAGACAGAAACACCUAAAAUAACCCUCAAGAACGCCAUGAAAAUGGAAAGUGGCGAUUCAAGGAACCUCCUAGAAGCCGCAACACAGGGAGCAUCCUCAUCCAUCUCCCUGGUGGCAAACAUCGCUGUGAACCUGAUUGCCUUCCUGUCCCUGUUGUCUUUUGUGAAUGCGGCCCUGUCCUGGUUUGGAAACAUGUUUGACUACCCACAACUGAGUUUUGAGAUAAUAUGCUCCUACAUCUUCAUGCCCUUUUCCUUCAUGAUGGGAAUAGACUGGCAAGACAGCUUUAUGGUUGCCAAACUCAUAGGCUAUAAGACAUUUUUCAAUGAAUUUGUGGCUUAUGAGCACCUCUCAGAAUUGAUCCGUUUAAGAAAGGAGGCCGGACCCAAAUUUGUAGAUGGCGUGCAGCAAUAUAUGUCGAUUCGUUCGGAGACAAUUGCCACCUAUGCUCUCUGUGGCUUCGCUAAUUUUGGUUCCCUAGGAAUAGUGAUCGGUGGACUCACAUCCAUGGCUCCUUCCAGAAAGCACGAUAUCGCUGCAGGGGCAGUGAGAGCGCUGAUCGCGGGGACCGUCGCCUGCUUCAUGACAGCCUGCAUUGCAGGGAUACUCUCCAGCACCCCCAUAGACCUCGACUGCUAUCACCUUUUAGAGAAUGCCUUCAGCUCCAGUCCACCUGCAAACACAUCCGAUGUGGUAACUUGUUGUCAAACUCUACUGAACAGCACUAUUGUCAACGGCCCUGGUGACGUCAUCCCAGGAGGAAACCACAGCUUGUCUUCUUUAAGGGGCUGCUGCACAUUGUUGGCUCCACCAAUGCUGAACUGCACUUGGAUCCCUGAUGCACUUUGAGUUUGCCCACUCCUCCAAUGGAACUCUAGGACUGGAAAAUGGCACUACCUUUUGGUCAAAAAGUCACUUUAAGACCAUUUGAAGAGGAAAAAUAAGUCCUGGUUGAGAUCCAAAACCUUCCACCGAUACUUCCAUUGACCAGGAAAGCAUCAGCAUCAAAGCUGCUUAGUAGGAAAUCAGAGAAGAAUCUUCCUUAAUGGGUUCUGAGAUAUAAUGUGUGUCAAAAGAAAAUUCUGGAGACAAUGGCUAGGUGCUCUUUAAUGAAAUGCUCAUCACCAAUUCUCUUAAUAGCCCAUUGUGUGAGAAAACACAAACACCAAUGACCGAGUCAAAAGGUGAUUCACAAGAAAGAAAAAAAAAAAUGUGAAAAAGGUUUUGGAAUACCUUGGGUAAUUUAUUUUAGUU